CAGCCCCAUCCCAGCCCCGCUCCCAGCCCCAUCCCGGCCCUCUCCGCUCGCUGCCGGCGGGGAGCGGCCCCGACCCGCCGCGCUGCUCCGCGCCCCCGGGCUGUGCUGGGCUGUGCUGGGCUGUGCUGGGCUGGGCUGGGCUGUGCUGUGCUGUGCCGGGCUGGCAGGCUGAGCAAUGCCUCCUCUCGCUCGCCGCCUCCAGCUGUGCCUGCUGGCAGCGGCUGCACGCCCCGCACCGAGCGGACGCGGGAUCGGCGCUGUCGCAGGGGCUUUGAAGAACUAAUCAAAUAAGAUAGAAGAUCUCCAGGAAAAGUAUGGACAGUGGUGCCAGGCAGCUCAAACACAGCUUUUAGCAGUCCCAGGAACACCGGAGAGACAAUGAGAGUUCGCCUCAAAGGGGAUGUGAUCUGCACCCUCUUCCUGCUGGUGGCGCUUUGUUCUUUGCUCUACUCCCAGCUGGAGCAUUUAGUCCCGGCAGGAAAGAAGGAGCCAGCACAGAGCAAGCCUCAAGUGGCACCAAAAACAUUCUCUGAUCCCAGAGCACCUCGGAGGCUGAUGCCAGCAGAGGCAACUGCACCCCGACCUCAAGUUACCCCUGUCAUGAGACAAACAGAAGUGGCCAAAACCAGGGUCCAAACCACAACUCCACCCCCACUCACUGAUUCUGCCUUCAACUUCAAGCUCUAUCUCCUAAACAAGGAUAACAGGAACUUCAACCUCCUCAUUAACCAGCCCAGGAAAUGCCGAAAGACAGCGGGCGGUCCCUUUCUGCUCAUUGCUAUCAAAUCUCUCGUUGAAGACUUUGACAGGCGUGAGAUUGUCCGGAAAACUUGGGGCAGGGAGGGUUUGGUGAAUGGGGAGCAGAUCCAGCGAGUGUUCCUCCUGGGAACACCAAGGAAUAGGACAGUGCUGGCAACGUGGGAGACCCUGAUGCACCAGGAGAGUCAGACAUACCGGGACAUUUUGCUCUGGGACUUCAUGGACACUUUCUUCAACCUGACCCUGAAGGAGAUCCACUUCCUGAGCUGGGCUGCUGAAUUCUGCCACAACGUGAAAUUUAUUUUCAAAGGCGACGCCGAUGUCUUCGUCAACGUCGAGAACAUUGUUGAUUUCCUCAAGAGGCACGAUCCCACUGAAGACCUCUUUGUUGGGGACAUCAUCUACAACGCCCGUCCCAUCCGCGUCCGCAAGAGCAAAUACUUCAUCCCAGAGACCAUGUAUGGGCUGAGCAUCUACCCCGCCUACGCCGGGGGAGGAGGGUUCCUGCUGUCCAGCUGCACCAUGAGGAAGCUCUCCAGGGCUUGCAGGGAAGUGGAGCUCUUCCCCAUUGAUGAUGUCUUUUUGGGCAUGUGCUUACAGAGAAUCAACCUCAAGCCCAUUUUGCACGAAGGGUUCAAGACCUUUGGCAUUGUUAAGCCUUCUGCUGCCCCACACCUGGAGACGUUUGAUCCCUGUUUUUACAAAGACCUCAUGGUGGUUCAUAGCCUGAAAGUUGCUGAGAUCUGGCUGAUGUGGAACCUGCUCCACAGCCCACGGCUUUCCUGCACUCAGAAGAAGCAGGUGAAGAAGCCUUUCCAGUGGAAGAGGAAAGCUCAGAUAACAACACCAGCAUCACCCCCCAGAUAAUGCAGGCAGAGGGCAGCACACACAGCAAACCAGCCAAGAAAGGGAGCCUGGAACUGGCACUGCCCAGCAAACCAACCUCCUGAGUAUUUUAGCACAUCUUAUUUACAACAUUAAGAAAAGACAACAAACAAUUGCAGGAAUUUGCCCAAAUUCCACAUUUGCACAUGCAUAUCAAGUGGGUCCCUCUGUACUAAUGAGUCCAAAUAAUCAUAACAUAUAUAUAUAUAAUUUAUUAUUAUUUAUUAGGAUUAUAGUAGUGCUUAGUGGGACAAUGUGUAAAAGCACAUUGAAAAAUGCAGUCCUUGGACAUUUUUUCAGCAUGGUUAGAAGUGUGAGAAAUGAAAGAAGACACAGGCUAAGAACAGACACCAGGGAGCAGAGGGAUCCUUGUCAACUUGCUACUUGACUUGGACUCAUUGAAAAAUGACCAAACAGGAACUAGGGUACAGGAAAUUGAGUCCCUUUAGUGUCUGCUCAGAUCACAUCACUGCUGCCUGCUUGGUUUUCCACAGGCCUUGUAAGAAGAGAACAAUAACAGCUCUUGAAAUGGGGUCCUACAGCUGCAGUUCAGGUGGAUUACAGGAAAUCAAACUGGGUGCUGAGGCUGGUGUGGCUGGUGGAGCAAAGGACAGGUAAGCAGAUAACUAGAAAGGAGCAGACUUACAAAGGGUCUUUAGAGAAUGGACAAGAACUUCGAGUUGAUCACUUUGAGUCUUGAUUUUCCAUCAUUCUUCUCAGUUCAAAUACCUGCUCUAUUGACAUACUCAAGAUUCAGGGGACCAGUGGAGCAGGUUUUGGCACUUCCCUGAGCUCAGGCUCUCUGCACUGCACUGGCUGACGUUCAGGGAAAAUUCAGAAGUCAUCAGCAGGAUCUGAUUGCUCUCAUGAUCUGACCCAGAUUUUCAGAAGAUUUGCAUGUGGAGAGAUCCUUUGGCCUUUGCUUAUAAGCAUAACCCCACACAGAGCUGCUGCUUGCAUCACAUUUGGGAGCUGCUUCAAACCAGAGUGGACUGGGCUGGUUUCUACAGACCUUGGUCUCUUGCUCAGCACAGCCAGCUGCAGAGGGCAGCCAGGACUUUCAUACUGCUGCGGGUGUCUUGUGAAGGCAGAAAGUUUCCAGACAAAAGGACUUCAGAAUAAAAGUCCAUCUAAAUUUAUUGCAAGAAAUCAAAACCACACAGCAAUCUUUCUGUUGGGCUUUCCAAGGUUCAGUCAGGAACUUUUUGAGUAUUUUAAGCAUCAGACAAGAACACUGAAUUGCUCAGUUUUUCAAAGUACAGUCCAGACUUUGAUGCAUUUUGUUUUUCCCAACAGCAGACUACCUUAGAAGAAUAUACUUUUAUCAGACAUCAAAGCAGAAGUGAAUUCCUCUAAAUCAGGGUUACAAAGCUGUGAAAUUCAUGAGACAAAGAGCCUGAAUUCACCUCUGAUACUGUGUUUGUUAAUUCUUUUACAAGUUUUUACCCCCUCAACAAAACUCCUGUCCAUCAGAGAACCCCUGAGGAUGGCACAUCCACACAGCUUCAAAGGGAACUACAAUCAGUCAUAAAAGCCCCAAGUUCCUUUUCCUUGCACAGAGCCUGCAGCACAGCUGCCUUUCAUAUCCGUGUGUGAGCUCCCUCCCUGCCUCCCUCCCUGCACAGUUUGGGCUCAGUGCUGGCACUGACAAUGCACAGAGAGAGCAGCAGGCUGGGAAACAGCCAGUGGACAACAGCUUUACACAUUGCUAAUCUUCAUCAUGAGUUCAAGCCUUACAACAAUGAGUUUCCAAGAAAUCAGCUUUAUGGAAAUGGAAAGAUUUCUACAUUUGAGAUAUUUUCAGGAUGCAAUCCUGAAAUACAAAAUGUUCACAUGAGCUUCACAAGGAGCUUUGCAGGGUGUGGAACUAAGCCAAAGCCUCACUGGUAGGACAAAAUCACCCCUGCCCCUGUCUGCUAUCAUGUGUGAUACUUGUGUAUUUAUGAGAUUGUACAAAAUGUAUUACCUGGGAGUAGUUUACAGUUUGGGAAGUUAUUUAUACCAUCAUUAAAAGACAGCAUGCAGAUGUG